AUGAAGCGCUCGACGCCCUCGGCCGCGUCGCCGGUCGCGAAGAAGAGCAAGGGCGACGGCGGCGACGGAUCUCAUCAACAGCGUCUUCCUCACGUCGCGGACAAGGCUGGGCAGCCCGCGCGUUUGCGUCGAUGCGCCGCGCUGUGGAACUGCGACGACGCGAGCGAGUGGACGCGAUGGGAGGCGAAGUACGACGGCGUCGUCUCCCGCCACGCGUGCGCGAAAGAAGCGCGCGACGUCGCCGCGGUGAUCGCCGCCGCGAGGGAGCGCGCGAAGGACGUCGACGGCGAGCAUCACGUCUCCGGUCUCCAUCUCACGUCGGCGGAGAUCGUCGCCUUCUGGAAGCUCAAGAUGGCGGGGAACGCGAAGCGGCCGCAGGGCGGCGAUGCGAUGCUGUCCAGGAACGCGAAGGACGCGGCGCGCAUCACGAACGCCGCGUUCCAGAUCGCCGCCGCGUUGAAGGACGAAGUUUGGCACAGUUUGGACCAACUCGACGGAUUGCUGCGCGCGGUGGACGCGUUGUCCAAGGGAACCCCCCCGGACGCGCUGUUCCAGGUCGGCCCCGCGACGGCGUCGAUGCUCCUCGGCGCGUUCUACGACUACGUGCCGUUCUUCAGCGACGAGGCCGCGAAGACGGUCGUCUCGCCGUCGCUCAAGUACACCAGGAAGGAGUACGAGACGUAUUUUCUCGCGAUGGUUCGGCGGCGGAUCGAGCUGUGGGGGAGCGGUGUCGACGACGGGGCGCUGUCGCUCGUCGGGAUGGAGCGCGCGAUGUGGGCGGCGUCGUACGAGCGCGACGCGUGA